GACUCAGUACGUUUUGAAACACCACCGAACCGAGUCUUCAGGGGAGGAGAAGCUGAGCUCGUGUGAAAAUGGCGUCUCCGAAAACAGUGCCCAAAGAUGCCCAGGUUAUGAUGCAGAUUCUUAAAGACAUGGGGGUCACGGAGUACGAGCCUAGAGUGAUCAAUCAAAUGCUGGAGUUUACAUACAGAUACGUAACCACUAUUAUUGAGGAUGCAAAAAUCUAUUCCACCCAUGCCAAGAAGUCCAGCGUGGAUGCAGAUGACAUAAGGUUAGCGAUCCAGUGUCGAGUGGAUCAGUCGUUCACAUCUCCUCCGCCACGAGAUUUUCUGUUGGACAUUGCAAGGCAGAAGAACCAAACCCCUUUGCCCCUGAUCAAACCGUACACCGGUCCACGUCUUCCACCAGACCGCUACUGUCUGACCGCACCGAACUACAGACUGAAGUCCCUGCAGAAAAAGGUGUCUUCGUCCACGGGCAGGAUAACAGUGCCACGGUUGAGCGUCGGAGCCGUGUCCAGCAGGCCGAGCACACCGACUCUCGGUACUCCAUCAGUGCAGACGGUGGGGACCAAAGUGGGAACGCCUGUGUCACUGAGCGGCCAGCGCUUCACCGUUCAGAUCCCCAACUCACAGGCUGCCUCUGUCAAAUCAGCUACUCCUACUACUCCCACGGUUCAGAAUGUCCUCAUCAACCCCUCUCUCAUCGGCUCCAAGAACAUCCUCAUCACCACCAAUAUGGUGUCGCAGAAUUCAUCGAGUGACUCUACGUCUCUCAAGAGGAAGCAUGAAGAUGAGGAUGACUAUGAUGCUUUAUGACCUGCUGUGUUUUCUUACUAGUAUUGAAGCAAACGUGAUUAUGUAAAUAAGCAUUUGAUAACUCUGAAUUUGCCUUUCAGUAGUAUUGUCUUGUUUAGAAUGUUACCAUUGCAUAUUAUCUUUUAUUGUUAAUUCUUGUAAGUAAAAAAUAAAUCAAAAUAAAAUGAUAAAUUGUGUUUA